AUGCAGGGGUGCGAGGUUGGAACCAGGCUGCGCUACAGGCUGACUCUGGCCUCUGGGAUGCUGGAGUGUCUGGGCUUUGCUGGUGUGUUGUUUGGUUUCGCCUCUCUGAUGUUUGUGCUGAAGGAGGAUGGUUACUUCAGUCAGCUGUGUGUCAGUGUCCCAGGAACCAACGACACCACGAUCACUACAGACUGUAGUAGACAGGAUGAGCAGUUCUCUCUGGUCUUCACCAUCGCCUCGUUCCUCAACAACUUCCUGACUCUAGUCAACGGCUACCUGUUUGAUCGAUUUGGCACCAUGGUGACCAGGCUGCUGGCAAUAUGUUUGUACACGACUGGAACACUGCUUUUGGCCUUCUCCAGUCCAGCAUUUUCAGAGCUGCUUUUUCCUGCCUUGUGCUGCAUCUGUGUGGGAGGAAUUCUGCUCCUUCUAACUAACAUGCAGGUGGGCAACCUGUUCCCUGCUCAUCGCUCCACCAUCAUCACCCUCUACAAUGGUGCCUUUGACUCCUCUUCUGUUGUGUUUCUCCUCGUCAAGGUACUGUAUGAACAGGGAAUCUCUGUCCGCACCUCUUUCCUUGUUUUGUCCUCCUGCAGCAUUAUACACCUGUUGAGGACCUUCCUGCUGAUGCCCAGAACCCACAUCCCCUACCCUCUGCCACAAUACUACACCUACGGACUGGAUUGCGGACAGGCCAACACUUACAAUGUGGAGCAGUUUGAGAGCAUGAGGGACAGGACAUCCAGCGCGGGGGAAAACGUGUCACCAGAACCUGAGGAAACAAAAGACUCAAGGAAAGUGGCGAGUUUCCGGAGCUGUGUGCUGUCCUGGUUCUUCCUGUGGCACGUGUUGUGGCUGUCCAUAAUGCAGCUGAGACACUACCUCUUCAUCGGCACGCUCAACCCCAUGCUCACCCGGCUGGCCAACGAUGACCCCGACCUGGUGAGCCAGUACACCAAUGCAUUUGCCAUAAUCCAGAUGUUUGGCUUGCUGUGUGCUCCCUGGAACGGACUCAUCAUGGACAGACACAAGGGAAAGCCUCUGGCCCCUGGAGAAACAGAGCAGGAGGCCGACCUGCGUUCCUCCUCUCUGUCUCUGUUCCUGACCUCCCUGCAGUGCCUCCUCUUCUCUGUGUGCGCCUCCAUUCCUGUCCUCCCUCUGCAGUACCUCACGUUUGUCCUGCAAGUAUCCAGUCGCUCCUUCCUCUAUGGGGGACAUGCUGCGUUUAUUAGCAUUGUUUUUCCAGCCUGUCACUUUGGGAAGCUGUAUGGCCUGGUGAUGUCCAUGUCUGCUGCUGUCUCGCUGCUGCAGUACCCCUGCUUCACCCUGGUCAAAGGACCUCUGGAUGGAGACCCCUUUUUUGUGGACAUUGCUCUGACUCUCCUCACCGUGCUGGUGUUUAUCCAUCCUUUCUACAUCUUCAUCCACUGCAGGAAAGUAGCUCGACGCAGAGAGGACAACAUGCAAACUGAGGCUAAUGGCUCCAAAAUGACUGAAGCCAAGUUAUAG